UGGACAUCAAGGAAACGCAUUUGCAGUAAACACAAAUUUCUUCAUGCAAUUAGGAGGGUUCGAUACAGGAAUGGAAGUUUGGGGAGCCAUACAAAUGGAACUCAUGUUUAAGUAUGUAAUGUGUGGUGGCGAUAUGGAAUCUCUUCCCUGUUCACAUGUUGGACAUCUCUACAGAAGUUCAAUAAUAUGGAUCAAUGAGGUACUAAAAUUCAAGACUUCAAACCAGUACAGAGUGGCAGAAGUAUGGAUGGAUGAGUAUAAACAUCUCUUGUUUGAAAGAAAUGGUAACUAUACUUUUCAAAUUGGUGAUGUUUCUGAGAGGAAAAAGAUAAGAGAACGGAACAAAUGCAAAUCAUUUAAAUAUUUUCUUGAUCAUAUACAAGAAAUAGUACAUUUUUAUAUACCAGAUAAUCUUAAGGCAUCUGGUGCAAUUAUAAGACCUGGACAGAAAACUUGUUUGUGUCUCUAUUAUGGCAAAAUUGUCCUCGGUAACUGCUAUUGGAUAGGAAAUUAUCAGUUCUGGGAAUGGUCAGCGGAUAACGAAAUACGACAUGGAGUUGACUGUUUGGUACAAAAAGGAAAGGAUGGCGUUGGAAAAGAGGAAUGUAGUUUCAAUAAAAUUGUGAAAUGGGAAUAUCGAGAGGAUAAUCAAAUACAACAUAAAGAUUCUGGAUUGUGUUUGACAGUUUAUAACAACAACAAAUUAAAACUUGCUGAAUGUACCGGAAGUGGAGAACAGAUAUGGAUAUGGAAUAGAAAGGAAUAAACAUUUAUGUACAGUUUUAUAGCUGUUCUUUGACUAUUCACAAACACUAGAAAUUCAACAAAAAAGUCAUUACAGUCACGAUGUUCAUCUUUGUAGAUUGGUCCAAUUUAAGAGAACACAUUGACGAUAUAACAUUGACA